UCGAGCCAGCUUUGUACGCACGGCCGGAUCGAUCCGAGCUUUUCUUCGUCGUCCUUGUUGCUGGAUGGAAGUGCUCGCGGCGGUGGGAUCUACAAUGCCUAGGCACGUCCCCUCCCUGCCGCUGCCGCUGCAGAUCACCAAGAUCUCGUCGUCCAGAUCGAGGCGCAUCAUCACGGAGCACGUCCCCACCACCUACAGUUUCCAGGUGACCAACUACCUCCAGCUCAAGGACGCGGGCUUCCACGCCUGCGUUACUUCGCCCGGCUUCAGCGUCGGCGGCUACAAUUGGCAGAUCGCCUUCUACCCAGACGACGAGGACGGCUACACCUCCUUGUACCUACAUUAUCUCGGCCAAGCCACGGAUGUGAGAGCCAAGUGCACGGUGAGCGUGCUGGGGAAUGACGGCCAGCCACCGCUGGUCUGCCGCGACACGCCGGAAUGCGUCUUUACUCCGGGGCCAGGCCGGGGCUACCGCAGGUUCGUCGGGAAGUCCAAGCUGGAAUCGCUAUCGCGGCUCGGAGACGGCCGCUUCACGAUACGGUGCGUCCUCACCGUCAGGGACGUGUCUCCGUCCGAGCUGCCCGGCCACCUCGAGCGCAUGCUCAGGGACGGGCGAUGUAGCGACGUCACGUUCCGCGUGGGAGGCCGGAAGUUCCGCGCGCACCGGGCCCUCCUGGCCGCGCGGUCGCCGGUCUUCGCUAAGCUCUUUGGCCCCAUGCCGGAGAAGGGCACGCGGCGCGUCGUCAAGGUCGUCGACGUGGAGCCAGCCAUCUUCCAGAUUCUCCUUCACUACAUCUACACGGGCUCACUACCGGCGUGCCACGACGAAGGAGGGUAUGAUGCCAUGGUGAUGGAGCAUUUGCUCGUAGCCGCAGGCAAGUACGGGCUGGAAAAGUUGAAACUCAUGUGUGAAGAGGAGCUGUGCAGAAGGAUCGACGAGGAAGCUGUGGUGACCACGUACGUGCCGACGAAUCAACACAGUUGUAUCCGACCUAAGGAUGGGGUGCGCUUAGAGUUUAAGUCGCCAAAGAAAGAGUUGGGCACCGUCCUGAAGUUCAAGGAGCGCUUCAUCAUCUCGACGUGUUGCCGGCCGCUAGCAUCGGAGGGAGGAGUCUUGGGGACAAAAGCUGGCCGUGAUGAAGACGAGGAACUUGAUCAAAGCAGGAAAUUCAAAAGGACACGUACAAAAUAUUGAUGCUGAGUUUCUUUCUGCAUAAACAUAAACGGCAUUUUUUGUGCCAGUGCAUUU